AUGCGGCGAUCAGCAAAGAAUGAGACUACCAAGGAAUCUGAAAACAAGGAUGAAGUAGACCUUCUGAAGAUAGUGGAGAUGCGGAUAAGAGGUUAUGCAUCAGACUUUGAGAUUAAAGAGCAAAUGGUCCAUCGGCCAGGAAAUUCCAGGCAAGCUCGCCGUGUACCGCCACCACGGCCACCACGACACUCUCAAGCAGCUUCUAUCCCACCUCCUCCUUCCAUCCACUCCGCUGAUUCCAAGGAUAGCUUCGACAUCCUUAGUCUCGUGGCCGCAAGGGCCGCCCAACCAUCCUUGCCGGAUGCCGAUAAUCUUGGCGAUCAGGGUCAAAAUACACUGGAGCUCGCUGGAAUAAAAGAUACAAGAGCAGUUGUAGGGAAAAACUCAUCCACAACACCGCUUUUGUUACAAUCUGACUUCACCUUUAGACCUACUUAUACUGCAUCCAACGGAUCAACAACAAUUCAACGUGGAGCAUUGGCCAUUGGUGUGACUGAAAACAUCGCUAGCACCGAGCCAUUGCCAACAUUAACCCCACCGUCAUUUUCUCGAGCAAGGAGGGAUUUAGCCGUCUCAGCAGCGCAACCUGGGGCCUAUGCUGUGGAUGGGAUUACACUGUUGUUUGAUCGUCCAAUGCGUAGGCCAUCAACUGGAGGGACACCUGACAUGGAAGAGCUGGGAUUGGAAUUGGUGUCUACAUCUCAAAAUGAAAUUGAUGGCAAUGGUGGUCUCAUUCAUGCUGACCCAAUUGAUGAACCACAAAAUGGGGAGAUUCCAAUGGCCGUAGCAGAGCCAAUAUCAACCAGGGCAAAAAGAUUAUGGAAGAAGCGACUAUGUCUCGAAUUCUCUCUGGAAGCCAUUGUUGCCAUUGCCAUUGUCUCUAUCGUUCUUAUGGCGUUUCUUCUUGCUCUAAAAUCAAGUAAUCAAGCUCAGGCAGCAAAGCAGCAAAAUGGAGCGAUUCCAAUACAAGAAAAUCCAGGGACAAUAGCUUCAAUCACACAAGCACCAGUAUCCCUAUGGGAAAGACUCAAUUUGCCUGAGUACACCCUAAUGGCAAUGGAAAAUUCUAGGUCACCACAGACCAAGGCAUACCAAUGGCUAAGCAAGCAUAUCGACAAAUCCAACAAUACACAACAUUUUCCAGUAUGGAGACUGAAGCAAAGGUUUGCACUGGCCACUUUUUAUUAUUCCACACGGGGGGGCUAUUGGGUAAAAAAUCAAGGCUGGCUGGAUUGGGACUCCGAUGAGUGCAGCUGGGAACAAAUUCACCCAAAACAAGCAGCCAAUUGUGAUGACAAUGGGCGACUCCUAUCAUUGAAAUUUUGGUAUGCCAACAACUUGGACGGAACAAUACCACCAGAAAUAUCCCUGCUUCGCGAGAGCUUGGAAGAACUUUCAAUAUCUUGGAGCCUCCAGCUCAAAGGAAACAUACCAUCAGAGGUUGGGAUGAUGACAAGGCUGGAAUUCUUGCAUUUUAGCACGACAAAAUUGUCUGGCACACUACCUACAGAAGUGGGUCAGCUACAAAGCUUGGAGUUACUAAUGAUCUCAGGUAGCGAACUUGUUGGGACUUUACCUACUGAACUGGGCAACCUAAGCAGCCUUUUUGGUCUGGGAUCUGAGAGGGCCAACUUUUCUGGGUCAAUCCCCACUGAGAUUCUUCGAUUGUCGAACCUGAAGAUCUUGCUUCUCUCAGAGUGCCCUUUGUUGGAUAUAAAAUCUUUCCUCACGGAGGUAGUUGGAAACCUGCACAAUUUAGAGGCACUACGUCUAGGCUAUUGGAAACCUGGGGGGUUCACAUCAAUCCCAUCUGAAAUUGGCAAGCUUACCAACCUGGGAUCUCUCCAAUUGAUGGACUUUCAUCUCAAUGGCACAAUUCCAAGUGAGAUGGGCUUGUUGACAAAGCUAAGAUUCUUGAACUUGGCAAGGAACUCCAUCACUGGCACUUUACCAGAAGAGUUAACCAUGAUGUCACAGCUGCGACAACUGCUCAUUAGGGCCAACCAAUUAGUGGGCAGACCACUGGAACAAGAUUUGCUUCCCCAACUCACCCAGUUACAGCAGUUGCACAUCAAUGACAACCUUUUCUCAGGGUCUAUUGCAACAGAAAUUGGUUUGUUGUCUAGUCUUGAGAAUCUUGAACUGCAAAAUACCAACCUUUCUGGGACUCUUCCCACGGAAUUGCUUUUGUUGGACAACUUGACAAGCCUGGUAGUCAUGAACACAUCCUUAUCUGGGAGCAUCCCUGCUGGAUUUUGUGGCGUCAUACUCCCGCCACGUGAAAUGAAACGUUUUGGUGGGAAUGACUAUUCCGAUCCAACGACCAACCUGUCAGUCUGCUAUGGAACUAGUCUAUGUGGUUGUACUUGUGAGAAUCACCCAAAAGCAUGA